AUGCCCUCCGUAAGAGACCCGUAUGUCCGUUUCCGGUUUUUUACACUUUCACAGCUUAUUUCGAACAGUGCUAAAGUCGCGACCCUGUGCCGCGGUCUGCAAGUUGUGUUCUCCCAUUUUUUAUGCGUCAUUGGGCUUGUGGUGUACAUGGAAUAUUUUACAUUUAUCCGCGUUAAUUAUGUCCUUAAAGCUCGAUCAGCAUUUGUCAAUCUGAGGCACUUGUGGCGUCGUCGCGACGUCUCAUUCUCACUAAAGGGCCGAGUUUACAGCGCGUCCGUUCGCUCAGUAUUGUUGUAUGGGAGCGAGUCCUGGCCGAUUCGCGUGGAAGACAUGCGUCGUCUUUCUGCGUUCGAUAACGGUUGCUUAAGGAGGAUCGCUCGUGUUCGGUGGCAACAUCGAGUUACCAGUAAUGACGUUCGACGUCGCGUCUUGGGGAAUGCAAGUAUUUCCUUCAACAAACUGGUUUUGUUGCGCCAGUUAAGAUGGCUCGGUCAUGUCCUACGCAUGGCACCUGAGCGUCUACCGCGUCGCGCUCUAUUCGCUCGUCAAGGACCUGGCUGGAAGCGACCGCGUUGUGGUCAGCCUUCCACUUGGCGGCAGCACAUGAAAUCGCUGACGUCGUGUCUAGCCGCUGUUGGACCGGUACGUCUUCCAGGAUGGGGACCCAAAGAUGGCGAGUGCCAAUGGCUUAGGACACUUGAAGACAUGGCCCGCAACCGGAAUCAAUGGAAGAAUUGUGUACAGUGUUGUGUUGAUUCGCAU